AUGGUUGAAGCUGAUAGCCCAGGAAAGCUCUUCAUUGGAGGGCUCAAUACAGAAACAAAUGAGAAAGCACUGGAGGCUGUAUUUGGCAAAUAUGGACGAAUUGUAGAAGUGCUCUUGAUGAAAGACCGAGAAACUAACAAAUCAAGAGGAUUUGCUUUUGUCACCUUUGAAAGCCCAGCAGAUGCCAAAGAUGCAGCCAGAGAUAUGAAUGGAAAGUCUUUGGAUGGAAAGGCUAUCAAACACCUGUAUCACGUGGAAGAGACAGUUACGGAGGUCCACCAAGAAGGCAAACAUUACCUUCACGUAGAGAUGUUUAUUUGUCCCCAAGAGAUGAUGGAUUUUCUACUAAAGAUAGUUAUUCAAGCAGAGAUUACAGAGAUUACCCAAGUUCUAGGGAUACAAGAGAUUAUGCACCACCACCAAGAGAUUAUACAUAUCGUGAUUGUGGUCACUCCAGUUCACGCGAUGACUAUCCCUCUAGAGGCUAUAGUGAUAGAGAUGGCUGUGGUCGUGAUCGCGAUUAUUCAGAUCCCCCAAGUGGAGGCUCCUACAGAGAUUCCUAUGAGAGUUGAGACCCUGUCGGAUUCUGCACCGUCCUCACCGGGGCACCAGCCUGCCAUUCCAUCCUGCUGA